GCAGACGCAAAAGGAACGAUUUUCGCGAAGGCGGGAUAAAAAGGGGAGAUGGGGAAGACUUGAUUUCACUUUAUUGCUUGACGACUGCACAAAGCUCACUUCGCGACGCUUCGCAGCUCGGUCCCUCAAUAUCCCAAGAUGCGUGAAUGUAUUUCAGUCCACGUCGGCCAGGCCGGAGUCCAGAUCGGUAAUGCCUGCUGGGAGUUGUACUGUCUUGAGCACGGCAUCCAGCCCGAUGGUCAGAUGCCUUCGGACAAGACCUUAGGAGGUGGUGAUGACUCCUUCAACACCUUCUUCAGUGAGACUGGAGCUGGCAAGCACGUCCCUCGAGCUGUCUUUGUCGAUCUUGAACCAACGGUAGUAGAUGAGGUCAGAACGGGUUCAUACCGCCAACUCUUUCACCCUGAGCAGCUGAUCACCGGUAAGGAGGAUGCUGCCAACAACUACGCCCGUGGUCACUACACCAUCGGUCGGGAACUCAUAGAUAUUGUCCUUGAUCGCAUCAGAAAACUGGCGGACCAAUGCACGGGUCUUCAGGGAUUCCUCAUCUUCCACAGUUUCGGCGGCGGUACCGGUUCUGGAUUUUCCUCCCUGCUCAUGGAGCGUCUCUCCGUCGAUUACGGAAAGAAGUCAAAGCUUGAGUUCGCUAUCUACCCAGCUCCACAAAUCGCCACUGCUGUCGUCGAGCCAUAUAAUGCCAUCCUGACAACCCACACCACCCUCGAGCACUCCGACUGUGCCUUCAUGGUUGACAACGAGGCCAUCUACGAUAUCUGCCGUCGUAACCUCGACAUCGAGCGUCCCACCUACACCAACCUAAACCGUCUCAUCGGCCAGAUCGUCUCCUCUAUCACUGCUUCUCUGCGAUUCGACGGCGCCCUCAACGUCGAUCUUACCGAGUUCCAGACCAACUUGGUGCCAUACCCACGUAUCCAUUUCCCUCUGGCUACCUAUGCCCCAGUCAUUUCUGCUGAGAAGGCUUACCAUGAGCAGCUGACCGUCGCAGAGAUCACUAACGCCUGCUUCGAGUCUGCCAACCAGAUGGUUAAAUGCGAUCCUCGUCAUGGCAAGUACAUGGCUUGCUGUCUUCUUUUCCGUGGUGAUGUCGUGCCCAAGGAUGUCAACGCCGCCAUCGCUCACAUCAAGACCAAGCGUGCCAUCCAGUUCGUUGACUGGUGUCCAACUGGCUUUAAGGUCGGUAUCAACUACCAGCCACCCACCGUCGUUCCUGGUGGUGAUCUCGCCAAGGUUCAGCGUGCCGUCUGCAUGUUGAGCAAUACCACCGCCAUCGCCGAAGCCUGGGCCCGUCUCGACCACAAGUUCGAUCUGAUGUACACCAAGCGUGCUUUCGUCCAUUGGUAUGUCGGAGAGGGUAUGGAAGAAGGAGAGUUCUCCGAGGCCCGUGAAGAUCUUGCUGCUCUUGAGAAGGAUUACGAAGAAGUUGGUGUCGAUUCCACUGAAGGAGAUGAAGGAGAGGAGGAGCCCGAGGAAGAAUAUUAGAAUCUUUUGUCUAUCAAUUGAGAUUAUUUGCUUCAAUAUUUUGUUUAAUUUGAAUAAAUCCCCCAUUGCAAAUAUUUUAUGAAAAUGAUAUAAUCAAUAUUUUACCAUAGAGCUAUUACUGAUUUUACAAAGUACCCACUUGUACACUGCAAAAACUCCAGUGUUGAUUUAACACCAGCCCGGAAUCCAUAUCUAAACCAGAGAAGUAUUGAAACAACACCAGUUUGGAAUCAAACCGAUGCUGUUUUAAUGCUAAUUGGUGCUGUAUAAACACCUAUCUGGUGUUAGACCAAAACGAAACUGGUGUUGUUUAACACUUCUCUGGUGUGGACAUAUAUAAAUUCCGGGCUGGUGUUAAAUCAACACCAGAGUUUUUGCAGUGUAAAGAACCCAUUUAAUAAUAUUUCUUCGAAAUAUUUCAUCGUAUUCAGUAUUUCAAAAUAACAUAUAAAUUCAUUGUUGCCAUUUGAAAUAUAAUUCUUGAUUAUAGUCAUUAUCCAUGUUAUCCUUUAUCUCAGAAAAAUUUUCUUCACUGCAAUUUCUCCCCCUUGAACAGUAAUAUACCCAGGACACGACAAAAAAUAUUAAAAUCCAAAAUCACACCGGCACUAUUUUCAGUUAGUCACCAUGAAUUAAAAUGAGUAUGUAUCAAUAAAACAAAGUCAUCUAAGGAUAUUCUUAUAUAUCGAUGUAAUAAGAAAGAAAUGUAACAGACACCUUGCGAAAGAAAAGAAAAAAAGUGAGGCCAUUAAACAAAAAUACAAUUAUUAGUAAUUGUAAACCAGGGUACACUUCAACCAACAUUCCAAGGUAUUACGCAAUGAUUGCAAAGACAGCACACUCUUCUUGCCUGCCAAUUAUUAUAAGUUAUAUUAUUGUUGAGUUAUUUUUAAAUUAUGAUAUCAUUUAUUUUACCUUUUCUACUCUUCGAAUGUAGCUGUAGAGAUGCGAAAAAGGCCAAUAAAGAUAAAGCAUUAUCAAAA